AUGUGAAAACAACAAAAUAGAAGUGCAUUAAACAGUGAGAGGGAGAACAGUGUUUAGGCUACAAGGCGGGUUACAGCUAGAUAAAUAUGUUCACAUCCUGUUCGAUCGGAUGAUGACAUUGCAUGCAUUGUGGUGACAUGCAAAAGAUAAGCAGACUCGUUUUUUAAAAUUUACGAUUGCACACAUUUCCUACGGCGAGAACGAGUUUGACAUGGAAGUGAAGCGCUAGCCAGCAAACGUAGCACUUUAUUUUCACUUUCAUAAAAGAAACUGAAAGAUUAUAGAUAUCGGGUGGUAUGGAAAACUGUCCAUAGAGAUCACCUAAUUCGCUUUUUAUAUGGAUUUUAGCCCAACUACAAAUAGAGGAUAUUUUUUAAAAGCGUUGAUCAGCUGUCAAUAUGGCCGAAAUAAAGUCGCUCAGUGAGUCUGACGAUGAAGAUCUACACUCCACAGAUCCUGAGGGUAAGGACAAGAGCAAAGACAAGAAGAUACUGUGCAAAGUCAAAUGGUCUCGCGACGAGGAUGAGAGGCUGAAGAAGUUAGUGGAGCAGCAUGGAACAGACUCCUGGAAAUUAGUAGCUAAUAAUUUCCCAGGGAGGACAGAUGGCCAGUGUCAGCACCGCUGGCAGAAAGUGCUCAACCCAGAGCUGGUGAAAGGACCCUGGACAAAAGAGGAGGAUCAGAAGGUGAUCGACCUGGUGCACAAAUAUGGCCCCAAGCGCUGGUCGGUGAUCGCUAAGCACCUGCAGGGACGCAUUGGAAAGCAAUGCCGUGAGCGCUGGCACAACCACCUGAACCCUGAGGUAAAGAAGUCCUCCUGGACCCAGGAAGAGGACUGCAUCAUCUACCAGGCCCACAAACGCCUGGGCAACCGCUGGGCUGAGAUCUCCAAGCUGCUGCCUGGAAGGACGGACAAUUCCAUUAAGAACCACUGGAACUCUACCAUGAGGAGGAAGGUAGAGCAUGAGGGGUAUCUUCAGGAGGGCUGCAGGGGAUUCGGCUCCGACCAUGGGGGGGUGAAGAGAAGUCACCACAGACCCUGUGUCCCCCAACCAGACACCCCCCACCACGGGCACAGCCCUCUGGGCAUGGAAGGACCAACACAGCUCGGGGGUUACCCUUAUAGCCCUCACUGUGGCCAACUGAUGGACAGCCUCCAAGACUCCCCCAGCUACUUAUCGAAUGUGGAGCGUUACUCCAGCUGGGCAGACAGUGUGUCAGACGACACCAUGACCACCAGCAGCAGCAGUCUGGAGGAUCAGGCUGAGGGAGGCUGGAGGGGGGUAAAGGAGGGCCGGGGCCCCCCGAUGGAGCUGGCUGAGGAGGGCUGGAGGGGCCCAGAGGAGGGCCGAGGGCUCCAGGUCCAGCACCACGUCUCCCCCAGUAAGUUCCUGUCUGUGGAGGCUAAUUCCGUGCUCUCCACCUUGCAGACCAUCCCAGAGUUCGCAGAGUCCAUGGAGCUCAUCGACUCGAUGUGUCUGGCUCUACAGGACCCUAUGACGUGGAGCGAGGCGUCCAGCUUCGACAUGUCUGAGGCGACUACCCCCCCGAAACAAACACAAGGGGGCUACGCACCCCAGGGGAGGACCACAGAGGGGAUGAGGUACGCAGUUGACCACCCCAAUGGCAUCUCCACCAAGCACUGUGCCACCAUGGGUCAGGGGAAGGUCCCCCCCCACACCCCGAAUAACGUGCCCAGAUCGAGUUUGCCUACCCUGGGGAGGAGGAAGAGGGGGGACCAGUCCCCUGAUAGGAGUUGCCCAUCCUUCUUAGACUCACCCAGCACCAACUCGCCCAAGAACACCCCCACGAAAGCACUGCCCUUCUCCCCCUCCCAGUUCUUCAACACAUCAGGAGGAGAGCAUCUGAGCCUGGACAACCCAGCUCUGACCUCCACCCCAGUCUGUGACCAGAAGUGUCUCCUCAACACACCCUUCCAGAGGGAGACCACGCCCAAACACCAGAAAGAGAAUGUGGGUUUCAGGACCCCUAAAAUCCGUAAGUCCAUCAUGGUUCCGACUCCCAGAACUCCUACUCCGUUUAAGAAUGCCCUGGCCGCCCAGGAGAAGAUGCAUGGGCCACUAAAGAUGGUGCCCCAGUCCCUGGCCUUUCUGGAGGAAGACCUCAGGGAGGUGCUGAAGCAGGAGGUUGGAUCAGACAUCUUCACCAGGGAACUACAACCACAUUUCAGGACAUGGAAACAUGAUUUGGAUGGGCCAGCCAGGAAGGUGCGUAAGUCCCUGGUGCUGGACUCCUGGGGGAAAGACUGUCUUAACGUCCAGCUAUUCCAGGAACAGCGCAAUAAUGCACAGGUCCCAGAGGAUAGUCUCCUGACCAGCUCCUUACUGAUGACCCCCCUCCCUGAGAGAAACAGAGAGGAGCGCCCCUGCACCCCCUCGUCUGGCAGGGAGGGGCCCUGUGCCCCCCUGCACCACCUCCCCAGCCCCCGCAAGAGGAAGAACCCCCCUUCAGUCAGAAUGUCCCACCACGAUUCACUUAGACAGGUAAAAAGCGAGUGGGAAGCAGUGGUUUAUGGGAAGACUGAGGACCAGCGGAUCAUGACAGAGCAGGCCCGGCAGUACCUGGGUAGUACCUACCCAUCCUCCGCCUGCACCUCGAGGGCCCUCGUCCUCUGAGGCCUAUGUCACCACACACUACACCCGUCCAGCAGAGUUGCUAUGGAAACCACGCUCCUUCUCCUAAUGACUCUUAGCAUACUUAGACAAUCUGGUGUAGGUAACUCGAAUAAUUUAGAAAGUUGUGUAUUGAUAAGAUCCGUAAGUGAACACUCAAGUGUACCACAGAAUACUUUACAGAAAAAGCCAAUUCAAGCAUUUUUUUCUCUGUCACACUGCCCAAGAACCUUGACGUCCUUGAUUUGAGUUUUUGUAGCCAUAAAUUGCUUGGUUUGUCUUUUGAAUACACACAAGCCUAGCCAUGUAACAGGUUUGUACAGAUAAGAAAUACUAGAUUUUCUGCACUAUAAUGUGUUAAAACAGAACAACGUGCACAUACAGUAAGUAGUAAGCUGUAGAAAUAGACUGAUUAUUACUAGCAAUGGCUGAGUCUCAUAUUGUUCAUAUAUUGUUUAAAUGAAGAAAAUCUGUUUUAUGAUGUAAUAUUACACGUAUAUGUAUAUUUUCUAACUUGUUUGUAGAACUACCCUGUACUGCUACACCUGUUGUUUUGAAGUCUUAGGAGAGAGACCGAGAGCUGUCUGUAUGGCACUACUGAGUUGGGGUUGGCUGCAGAGAAGCGAUCAGUGUUGAGGAGGUAACUGGAUAGCAUUUGUGAUGUGACUGUAUUGUUUCAAAACGCAAUGAAGUUUCCGUUCCAAGGCCAUACUUUCCUUUAGCAGUCUCAAGUUGAGACAUUUGUUGAAUGUAUUUCAUAGCGUGAAACUGCGAAGAAACUCCAAAUGGAAGGGUACUUUUCCCCCCCCUUAUUUUAUUUAUUAUCUGUAUUCUAAAACUUAGAUAUUAAUAUAAGUGUAAAUUGAACACAUUCUCCUUUGAGAAAUCUUCCUAAAGCCAUUCCCUGCCCCUAAGAUUUGAUCUGUCAGUUCUACUUCUUACCUUCUAUUGAUCUAGGUUGUGAUUGGGGAAGGGUACACUGAUCCUAAAUCAGAAUCCAGUUGUCAUGUUUGGUACUGACCAAUAGUGCUCAGUGUGCUAAAACGACCAUGUUUAGUUGAGGGGAUCCUCCUGUUCGCGUGAAGGCUGUAUGUUCUAUUUAUUCAAUGUUUACUCAUUUAUUUAUUUCAAUACAAAAAUAAAUGAUCAAAUAAUUAUAUUUUCUUCUUAUCAGAAAAGGAUUGGGCUACCUUUCACCUAAUUUCUCCAAAUUAGACAUAACAAGCAAACAUGCACUGCCACUAAUUCCUUUUUAUUCAGUAAUAAUUUUAACUAUCAGAUUGAGUUAAUUACCAUUCGUGUAGUGACAUCACUGAGUUGAUAUUGAUAGAACAGUUUCCCCUGGAAUCAGUUAGCUUUUUUGUAGCAGGACCCAGUCUCUAAUCAUAGACAAAUUGCACUUUGCUCAUUGUUUAAGUGUUGUUUCGUUCAUUUGUUUGAGAGCAUGACAUAGCUCGUUUUAUGUGUGUGUUUUGUUAAUUUUUUUUCAAAUCCAAUGCCGUUAGAUGAAUGUCUCACUACAUGUGACGAUUGAUCAUUGACCUAAAGAGGUAUAGAUGGAGCUGCUUGAUGUAUGUUUUUACAUGGCAUGUAAAGAUUGAGCUUUUUGUAAAGAUGUAAAGAUUAAGCUUUUUUUAUAAAUAUUCUUUUUUUUUUAGAUCAAUUGUUUAUCAGUAAAUCACAAAUACAGGACAAUAUAAGAUUUUCAACAUACAAUGAAAUAUUAUUUUUUGUUGUAUGUCUUCAUGUGACAAUGCAGUUUUCUAUAGCUCUGAUUGGUUACCUCUGUAAUAACAGGGUGCAGCAGAGUAUCUAUGGUCCCUGUGGUGAUGGUUGGUGUCAUUUUUUCCAACGGUCUUCCAACUGUUUAGAAUCUGGAUUAUAAUCUGGAUUAUCUAGCAUUAAGUGUGUUUGAGAAUAAAAAGGGAAUCUCCUCAGGAGAGUUCACAUGGAAAGAUCAUGUAUGUUCACCCUCAGCUUCAGUUUCUGAUCUUAUUUUCCUUCAUCGGCUACACUAAAUGUGUAUGUUCUGUUGGUUGGUUUGACUUCAGUAUGUUUUGUUUGUAACAUGUUUGUAUGUUAAUACUUGGACAUCUAACCCUAGGUUAUGAGGGAAUGAAGUACAUAAUACGCCAGACUUUUCCAGUACCAUGUUUGUACAGUAAUCACAGACGUAUCACUUGCAUUAUGUAAUUUUCAAAAUUUCCAAUAUUUUCUGCUGCAAUCAUAACCAGGCAACACAGAAUUCCUGCCAACUGCAAAUGGAACCAUGUACUUAAUAUGGAAUAAUAAUAAAAUGUUAUUGCAUUGCA